UGCUCCCCCGGGUUUUACUGUGUCGGAAGAGCUACUGAGGCCAGACCAACAGAUGGAGAAACAGGCAGCAUCUGUCCACCUGGGACAUACUGUAUUGAGGGCUCAGCAGAGCCAGAGUUGUGUCCAGCUGGUACUUUCUCCGCACUGUCAGGUCUAACCAGUGAGACUAGUUGUGAGCCCUGCACUGCUGGUUUCUACUGCAGAGAAGCAGGUCUUAAGGCACCGACUGGACUCUGCAGCCAAGGGUAUUGGUGUCCUCCUGGUCAGACUGUGUCUACAGCUUUGCCAUGUCCACCAGGCCACUUCUGCUUACAGGGUAGUGCAGCUCCGGAGCCCUGCCCAUCAGGAACCUUUCAGAGCAGAGAGAAACAGUCAUCCUGCAAUGCCUGUGAGGCAGGUUAUUACUGUGAUUUAAGACUAGGCAAUGCCUCAAUGCCAAGGCCCUGCCCUAAAGGACACUACUGCCCUGCAGGUACAGUCUUGCCCAACCAAUACCCCUGCCCCAUAGGCUCCUUCAACCAGAGACCGCUCGCACACAGCCUUGCUGGCUGCGUGCCAUGUGCUGCUGGACAGUAUUGUCCUUCUGUGGGACUAGCAGAGCCAGCAGGACCAUGUCAAGCUGGUUAUUGGUGCAGAGAGGGAGCAUCCUCUCCCAGCCCAGUGGAUGGACUCUCAGGUUCCUUGUGUCCGCCUGGUCAAUACUGCCCCUCAGGCACCACAGCUCCCGUGCCUUGCCCUGAAGGAAGCUGGUCCAACAGCUCAGGCCUUGGUAUGCAGGACGACUGCAAACCAUGUCUGGGAGGAUUUUACUGUGACUCUGCUGGCCUCACUAAACCAAGUGGUCCCUGUAGUAGAGGAUAUUACUGUGUAGAGGGAGCCACCACAUCCACCCCUACUGAUGGAAUUACAGGGGGACCCUGUCCUGAGGGUUCCUACUGUCCAAAAGGAGCUGUUCGACCUGUGCCCUGUGAUCCAGGGACAUAUGUCGCUGUUACACAUGCUACUCAGUGUGAGCCCUGUUUACCAGGCUGGUACUGUGUGUCUGGCUCUCUGUACUUGUGUCCUGCAGGUUUUUACUGCCCCGAAGGAACGGGAUUUGACUUGAGAGGUUGUCCAGAGGGAACUUAUGGUCCUGACCCCGGCUACUGGUCUGUCUCUCAGUGCAGGCAGUGUGACGGCGGCCAUUACUGCUCUUCCAGAAAUGGCACAGCUAUCACUGGACCAUGUCAGGGAGGAUAUUACUGCUCACAUGGAAACAAAUCUCCACAACCUUUCUCACAGGCUGCAGGAGAGGGAGGGCCAUGUCCUGCUGGUCAUUACUGCCCCGAGGCCACUGUCCAUCCUCUGCCCUGUCCACCUGGAACAUUCUCUAACCUCACCAAAUUAGUCUCCCAGGAGGAUUGCCAGCCAUGUCUCCCUGGUUACUAUUGUGAUGCUGUGGGGCUCUCAGCACCUUCAGGAAAAUGCUGGAAAGGUUUCUUCUGUCUGGAGGGAGCAAAUCGACCUGACCCCCCUUUGAGAGACAGUCGGGGAGGACCGUGCCCAAAAGGGUAUUACUGUUCUGAGGGCUCUGCGGCUCCUCUGCACUGCCCCCUGGGAACCAUCAGCACAGAAGAUGGCCUAGCCAGCUGCAGUGCCUGUCCCCAGGGGUUUUAUUGUCCUAGCACACGUAAUGGCUCUCUGCUGAGGACUUUUGAGAGGUAUGAGUGUAUAGUGGGUCAUUACUGCCCGCCUGGGACCUGGUCCAAACAUCAGUACCCAUGUCCAGCUGGAACCAUCAAUCCCCACACUCGGAUGGAAAAACCCCAGGACUGCUUUCCCUGCCCUCCAGGCUCCUUCUGUGCGUCUCCUGGGAAGAGUGUUGCAUCAGGCCAGUGUGGUGCAGGAUACUACUGUCUCUCUGGAGCCCGUUCACCCACACCAGACGAUGGAGGGAUGACAGGUGACAGAUGUCCUGAAGGUCAUUACUGUCCCCAGGGCUCCACAGCACCACUGCCCUGUCCCAUAGGACAUUACAGCAACAAAACCAAAAACACUCAUCUGUCUGACUGCCUGCUUUGUCCUCCAGGUUUCCUGUGUGUCACCAGAGGGCUCUCUUUCCCUUCUCAUACCUGUCCAGCUGGCUCCUACUGUCCAGGUGGAGAAAACAGCAGUCAGCAGGCUAUACCCUGCUCACCUGGAAACAUGUGCCCACCUGGAUCUAAAAAACUGGUACCCUGCUUUCCAGGGAGCUACCAGAAUUUACCUGGACAGGUGAGGAAGAUGAGGAUGACUAGUCUGCUAAUAUUGUGA